AUGCGAUCUAGUCUUGGACCAGAAGAGGUAAUAGAUAUCACUAGAAAUGUGACAGAAGCCGACUUUGAGAAUUUGAAUAGUCUGGUAAAGAAAACGCUAGAAUCCGCCGACCCUCACUUGAAUGCCAUGACGGGGGCCUCGUUUAUCCUUACUGUGACCAAGAAGAGACUAGAAGAGGAGCUAGUAAUGCCCGGUGAUGAGUACAAGGAUAAAAGUUUCCAGCAAAUGCUUGACGAAUUGGAUUGGAAUACGCUGCGCUUCCCAGAGAUGUGGGAGGAUUAUAGUAAUGGCGACGAGUCCACGCUUCCACGCACCAUUCUUCGCGCACCGGCAAGGGCAGACGAAAAUGCUAGAGUGGAAUCGAAGUUAGGCUGUACACUGCCGGAUGAUCUUAAGAAGUUCUACGCUCUUACCAACGGGACGCAACCCGUAAUCUCUGGUCCCCAUUUCUACAGGCUCAACAACCCUAUUUUGAGUGUCUUCGAGCUACAUUGGGAAAAUUUCUCCUGGAUGGGUGGCUAUGAAUUUGAUCUAUUUCCAGAAACGAGUCUACCUGUGCAUAUCGUGCGGCUAACUAUCGAGGGCCGGGGGGGGUCGCGAUGUACGAGCAUAACGGGCAGGGGACAAUAUGCCCUAGAAGAGGCCUAUCAGAAGGCGGGAGAGUUGGAAAAGAAAGUUAUUAAUAAACAGAUGAAGCGAUACCAUGGAAGCUGGGACAAGUUGAGGGAUCUACGAUCUUGUUGGUACCAACAGGCGUGGGGCGACGCUCCCAUGGGCCUGUUUCAUAGUUUUCGGGAUUUUCUCAGUCUUGUGGUGUUUGAAAGUCGGUAUGAAGAGGAUAAAAGUCCGCUGAACCUGCCAUGA